CAACGCCAGAUCACAUUGGUAGUGGCUAAGAAGAUAUGUCCCCUUAAUUUCGGUAAACUACCUAAACUGUGACCAGACCACGCCUAUGAUUUUGAUGUAAUCCUAUUGUAUAUAUUAUCUCUACGGUAAAAUUUAAUGCAUUUGAAUUUUUGUCCAGACAGUUUUCUUACUUAAAAUAUUUUUAAACAUAACCUUUUCUUUUGUAAAGGGAAUGGUUAUUAUUUAGCCGCCGACCACUUUCAACCUUUUAGAGGGAUCGUUCAAAUUUGAGUAUUUAGGGUUGACUAAGUUAUUUCAUCACUACAGUUAUCGUUAAGUAGGUAAAAUGCACGGAGGGACAGACAUCCGGAAUUUAAUUGGCUUGUCAUACUGAUCAUUUUGCAUAUACAACUUUUUAUCUAAGUAUUUCAUUUGAUUUUGUGUUACAAUCAAUCAUUAUGAGAACAAAACUUCCUUUCCCGUUAAUGGCACUGCUGCAUAUGAAUUUACUGGCAUGCCGCCGUGCUUGUUUAAUUUGAAUGGUUGAUAAAAAAUUGAUUUGCGGUGGGAAAUCUUUUCCGCUUUCAUAAAGUUGGACGGUGUGUAAAUAAAAUAAUAUAUCUUCUUUUUUCUCAACCUCACAAACUCUGUUUGUCACCCAUUUAACUAUCCAGAUGUCUAUUUCAGGUUGGUACAUAGAAAAGAUAUGUAUAAGGAAUUUUGUUUAUAAAAUACCUGUAGAGAUAAAACUUUUCACAGUUGAAGUGUAACCAAUGUACAGUGCGGUUGACAAUGUAUUGUGAAAGUGAAUAAAGAUGUAUAUAGCCAUGAAAUAUACAAUUGGAAUAUUCGCGCUAAGCAUUUGGUUUUCCAAAGUGUGUAUUGCUAUCAAAUUGGAAGGGUUGUCACUUGGAAUGCAAUCUGACAAUGUACCAUUUCAUCUGCAAGGCGUUCAACAAGCAUGGCCCAUUCGGCCACAGUCAAUGAACCCCGUAUCAAUACCAGAGUUAAUGAAAGUUUCAACUCUAACAAAUGGUGCAACAAGUAGCAAGUGGCCAAAGAAAGUGAACAAAGUAAAAAAACAGCUGCCGGGCACUAUACUAAACCAGAAAGUACAAAUGCAAACACACAAACGUCUUCAUAAUAAACUUGUAAGUGAUUUAAACACAACGGGUUUAUUAUUAUUAAAGAGUCAGCUUCAAUAUAUGCCAAUGUUGAUGGCAUCCACUACACUGCCGCUCGAAAUCUUAGCGUCAGUUCGUAAAAACAAGAUGCUACUUGAUCAGCAAAAGCAACGGGCAAGACACCGGCACAAACAUUUGACAACCCAUACUGUGGUUAUGAAGACGACUAACAAACAAAAGAAGUUUCGACGAGGCAAUGAUCAUAAAAACUUGUCGCAGAAAUUGCGAAGAAAUCGUGUACGUCGUGAAUUACAGGAAGCGUCCAAAUCCAAAGGGGAACCAAGAAUUAAAAAACAACCAUCUACCUCUGAAUUAGUCAAUAAUGCAAAUUUGAUUAUUCGAAAAGGGACUUUGUUGCUAUUGCACUUGGAUAAUCUAUUGAAGGAUGCCGAUUUUUUUUUACGUAAUGAAGAAGACAUGCUAAACUGGAAUUCAAAUUGCAAUAUGAAAAGCUCAAUAUUGCAAAAGUUCUCGCAGAAUGAGUUAAAAAAUUUACACUCCAAAACUCAAGAAGAAAAUGAAAGAAAAAGAGAUUGUUAUAUUUUAAGAGUCAAUUGUACGAAACAACCUGAUCGGAAAGCGGAUGAUAGGCUUCUCUAUGAAGAUGUCAUAGCAAAUAUCAGAAAUAUGCAACAUACACAAAUUAUAAAUUAAAA